ACACUGCGAGGUGCGGGCGGGGUAGUGAUUUCAAACCCUGUUGCUGAGGAGGCUCCCGGCUGCCCGUGCCCGACCCAGCCGGGCCUAGGUACUAUUGUAAUUAUAACAAGAAUCUGAGGCACAAUGGGAGACGAUAGCGAAUGGAUGAAACUGCCCAUUGACCAGAAGUGUGAACACAAGCUGUGGAAAGCCAGACUGAAUGGCUACGAAGAAGCUCUGAAACUCUUCCAGAAAAUAGAUGAUGAGAAAAGCCCUGAGUGGUCCAAGUACCUGGGUCUGAUAAAAAAAUUUGUGACAGACUCCAAUGCAGUGGCUCAACUGAAAGGAUUAGAAGCAGCACUUGCCUAUGUUGAAAAUGCUCAUGUAGCAGGAAAGACAACGGGUGAAGUGGUUUCUGGAGUUGUAAAUAAAGUGUUCAAUCAGCCAAAAGCCAGAGCAAAGGAGUUGGGCAUAGACAUAUGUCUAAUGUAUAUAGAAAUUGAGAAAGGGGAACCAGUACAAGAAGAAUUGCUCAAAGGUCUGGACAACAAAAACCCUAAGAUCAUAGUAGCAUGUAUAGAGACACUGAGGAAAGCGCUAAGUGAAUUUGGAUCAAAAAUAAUCUCACUAAAGCCAAUAAUAAAAGUAUUGCCAAAACUUUUUGAGUCUCGAGAGAAGGCUGUUCGAGAUGAAGCCAAACUCCUUGCUGUGGAGAUCUAUCGUUGGAUAAGGGAUGCUCUGAGACCCCCGCUACAGAACAUAAACUCUGUCCAGCUAAAAGAGCUAGAGGAAGAAUGGGUCAAAGUACAACCAGCAGCUCCCAAACAGACUCGAUUUUUACGUUCUCAGCAAGAGCUGAAAGCAAAGUUCGAGCAGCAGCAGGCAGCUGGAGGUGAUGCAGAUGGAGGAGGAGAUGAUGGGGACGAGGUGGUCCCACAGGUGGAUGCAUAUGAACUUCUGGAAGCCGUGGAAAUUCUUUCCAAACUUCCCAAAGACUUUUAUGACAAAAUAGAAGCCAAAAAGUGGCAAGAGAGGAAAGAAGCCCUAGAAGCUGUUGAAAUUCUGGUGAAGAAUCCCAAACUGGAAGCAGGAGACUAUGCAGAUUUGGUUAGAGUUCUUAAAAAGGUUGUUGGGAAGGACACAAAUGUUAUGUUGGUUGCUUUGGCUGCCAAAUGCCUUGCUGGUCUGGCUACUGGCCUCAGGAAGAAAUUUGGACAAUAUGCAGGACAUGUUGUUCCAACCAUCCUAGAGAAAUUUAAAGAGAAGAAGCCUCAAGUGGUGCAGGCACUACAGGAGGCCAUUGAUGCAAUCUUCCUUACUACCACAUUGCAGAACAUAAGUGAGGAUGUGUUGGCUGUAAUGGACAACAAAAACCCAACCAUCAAGCAACAGACCUCUCUCUUCAUUGCGAGAAGCUUUCGUCAUUGCACACCUUCUACCUUGCCAAAGAACCUGCUAAAACCCUUCUGUGCUGCUCUUCUCAAGCAUAUCAAUGAUUCUGCACCAGAAGUAAGAGAUGCUGCAUUUGAAGCUCUAGGGACUGCCCUGAAGGUAGCAGGAGAGAAAGCUGUGAACCCUUUCCUUACAGAUGUAGACAAACUUAAACUAGAUCGGAUUAAAGAGUGUGCUGAAAAGGUGGAACUGGCUUGUGGUAGGAAGGCAGGAGGAGCAGCUGAUAAAAAGGAAGGCAAAACUCUUCCUGGAAAGACCCCAGUUGUUUCAGGGGCUGCUGGAGACAAGGAUACAAAAGAGACUUCAGCUAAAUCAGGACCACCAAAAAAAGCACCUGUUGUCAAGCCUGGUGGACCACCCAAAAAAGGCAAACCAGCAGCAACUGCUGGUAUGGGAGGUGCUGGAACUAAAGGCAAGAAAGGACCUGAGACUAAAGAGAUAUUUGAGUCUGAGCUCUCGAUAGAAGUGUGUGAAGAGAAAGCUGCAGCUGUUCUCCCAGGCUCUUGCAUACAGCAGCUGGAUAGUGGUAACUGGAAGGAGAGGCUUGCCUGUAUGGAGGAGUUUCAGAAGGCUGUAGAACUAAUGGAAAAAAAUGAAAUGCCUUGCCAGGCUCUAGUGAGGAUGCUGGCCAAGAAACCUGGGUGGAAGGAAACCAACUUUCAGGUGAUGCAGAUGAAGCUUCACAUAGUUGCCCUGAUUGCACAGAAAGGAAACUUCUCCAAAACAUCAGCACAAAUUGUGUUGGAUGGUCUUGUGGACAAGAUUGGUGAUGUAAAAUGUGGGAGUAAUGCAAAGGAAGCUAUGACAGCAAUAGCAGAGGCAUGUCAGUUGCCGUGGACUGCUGAACAGGUUAUGGCCAUGGCUUUCUCACAGAAGAAUCCUAAAAACCAGUCAGAAACCCUGAACUGGCUCUCAAAUGCAAUUAAAGAGUUUGGCUUUUCUGGGUAAGUCUUGAAAUCUUUCAUUAGCAAUGUGAAAACAGCCCUUGCUGCCACUAACCCAGCUGUAAGGACCUCUGCUAUUACGUUGUUGGGAGUCAUGUAUCUCUAUGUGGGUCCCCCUCUGCGAAUGUUCUUUGAGGAUGAGAAGCCAGCUCUUCUCUCCCAAAUAGAUGCAGAAUUUGAGAAGAUGCAGGGACAAACAGCACCAGCCCCAACUCGAGGUGUUUCCAGGCACAGUGGUGGCAAUGGGGAUGAUGGUGAGGAAGAAGAGCAGGAGGAUGUAGGGAGUGAUGUUGUGGAUCUCCUUCCAAGAGCAGAUAUCAGUGAGAAGAUUACAGGUGACCUGGUGUCUAAGAUUGGUGACAAAAACUGGAAGAUCCGAAAGGAAGGUCUAGAUGAAGUGGCGAGCAUCAUUAAUGAUGCCAAGUUCAUACAGCCACAUAUAGGAGAACUUCCAACUGCUUUGAAGUCUCGCCUCAAUGACUCCAAUAAAAUCUUGAACAAUGUCCGUGCUACUGCACUAGCAACUGUGAAUGCAUGGGCAGAACAGACUGGCAUGAAAGAGUGGUUGGAAGGAGAGGACUUGUCAGAGGAGCUCAAAAAGGAGAAUCCUUUCUUAAGACAAGAGCUUCUGGGAUGGCUGGCUGAAAAGUUACCUACCCUCCGUUCAGUUCCUUCUGACCUGCUUUUAUGCGUGCCUCAUCUGUAUUCCUGUCUAGAGGAUCGCAAUGGGGAUGUGCGUAAAAAGGCCCAGGAUGCCCUGCCAUUCUUUAUGAUGCAUCUUGGUUUUGAGAAGAUGGCUAAAGCCACUGGCAAGCUGAAGCCAACUUCCAAAGACCAGGUCCUGGCCAUGCUUGAGAAAGCCAAAGCCAACAUGCCAGCCAAACCAGCUGCUCCUGCUAAGGCAUCUUCCAGGAUGGCAGGAGGAGCAGCACCAGCCAAAUUCCAGUCUACAUCAGCACCCACUGACGAUUCAGGGUCCAGCACCAUGGAGUAUAAGCCUGACCCAAAAAAGGCCAAAGCAGGAGGAGCUGCCUCUAAAGCCAAGGGUAUCCAAGGGAAGAAAGUACCAAGCAAACCUAACCUGAAGGAAGAUGAAGACAAAUCUGGUCCUAUUUUUAUCAUCGUCCCAAAUGGGAAAGAGCAGAGGAUGAGAGAUGAGAAAGGAUUGAAGGUGUUGAAAUGGAACUUCACUACUCCCCGUGAUGAAUAUAUUGAGCAGCUAAAGACUCAGAUGUCCAGCUGUGUUGCCAGAUGGCUACAGGAUGAGAUGUUUCAUGCAGACUUUCAGCACCACAACAAGGCAUUAACUGUUAUGAUCGAGCACUUGGAGAGUGAAAAAGAUGGAAUUAUUAGCUGCCUGGAUCUAAUUUUGAAGUGGCUUACACUGCGCUUCUUUGAAACCAACACAAGUGUUCUGAUGAAGGCCCUUGAAUACCUUAAAUUGCUUUUUACCUUGCUGAGCCAGGAGGAGUACCACCUUACUGAGAACGAAGCAUCCUCUUUCAUCCCAUAUCUUAUUUUGAAGGUUGGGGAACCAAAAGAUGUUGUUCGCAAGGAUGUGCGUGCCAUUCUGAACAGGAUGUGCCUCAUUUAUCCAGCCAGCAAAAUGUUCACUUUCCUUAUGGAGGGGACAAAGUCCAAAAACUCCAAACAGCGGGCAGAGUGCCUGGAAGAGUUGGGGUGUCUAGUUGAAUCCUACGGUAUGAAUGUCUGCCAGCCAACUCCAGGCAAAGCCCUAAAGGAGAUGGCAGCUCACAUUGGCGACCGGGACAACACUGUCCGCAAUGCCGCACUCAACACCAUCGUGACUGUUUACAAUGUGCAUGGAGACCAGGUGUUCAAGCUGAUUGGAAAUCUUUCUGAGAAAGACAUGAGCAUGCUGGAGGAGAGAAUAAAGAGGUCAGCCAAGAGACCAGCUGCUGCUCCAGCAAGGCAAGUAGAGGAAAAACCACAGCGUCUUCAGACCACCAGUGCCAAUACUAGCAUUCUGCGUAAGGGAUCAGCUGAGGACAUGUCCUCCAAACUCAGUCAAGCCCGCAACAUGAGUGGCCAUUCUGAGAUGAUGCAUGCAGUUCCACGGGAGUUCCAGCUGGAUCUAGAUGAGAUUGAGAAUGACAAUGGUACAGUCCGAUGUGAGAUGCCAGCACUUGUACAGCAUAAACUAGAUGACAUUUUUGAGCCAGUCCUGAUUCCGGAGCCCAAGAUCCGUGCUGUGUCCCCACACUUCGAUGAUAUGCACAGUAACACGGCUUCCACUAUCAACUUUGUCAUCUCCCAGGUAGCCAGUGGUGACAUCAAUACUAGCAUCCAGGCUCUGGCACAGAUUGAUGAAGUCCUCAGACAGGAGGACAAAGCAGAAGCCAUGUCUGGCCACAUUGACCAGUUCCUAAUAGCUACGUUCAUGCAGCUUCGACUGAUAUACAACACUCACAUGGCAGAUGAGAAGCUGGACAAGGAUGAGAUAGUCAAGCUUUAUAGCUGCAUCAUUGGGAACAUGAUCUCGCUAUUCCAAAUAGAGAGCCUAGCCCGGGAGGCCUCCACAGGAGUGCUAAAGGACUUGAUGCAUGGGCUUAUCACAUUGAUGCUGGAUUCACGAGUUGAAGACCUUGAGGAAGGUCAGCAGGUCAUACGAUCAGUCAACCUCCUGGUGGUGAAAGUUCUAGAGAAGUCUGACCAGACGAAUAUCCUGAGUGCCCUGCUUGUUCUGCUCCAGGACAGUCUGCUAGCAACAGCCAGCUCUCCCAAAUUUUCAGAGCUUGUCAUGAAGUGUCUAUGGAGAAUGGUACGGCUUCUGCCUGAAACGAUCAAUAGCAUCAACCUGGACCGAAUUCUGUUGGAUAUCCACAUUUUCAUGAAAGUCUUUCCCAAGGAGAAGCUGAAGCAGUGUAAGAGUGAAUUUCCCAUAAGGACACUGAAGACUCUGCUUCAUACCCUGUGCAAGCUGAAAGGGCCCAAGAUCUUGGACCACUUAACAAUGAUAGACAACAAAAAUGAGUCUGAGCUAGAAGCUCACCUGUGUAGGGUAAUGAAACACACUAUGGACCAAACUGGAAGCAAGGCUGAUAAGGACACAGAAAAAGGGGCUUCCCGCAUAGAUGAAAAGGCUUCAAAGGCCAAAGUAAAUGAUAUUUUAGCAGAGAUAUUUAAGAAGAUCGGGUCCAAGGAGAACACUAAAGAGGGCCUGGCAGAGCUGUAUGAAUACAAAAAGAAGUAUUCUGAUGCAGACAUUGAGCCCUUCCUGAAAAACUCAUCUCAGUUCUUCCAAAGCUAUGUUGAACGAGGCCUCCGGCUGAUUGAGAUGGAGCGGGAAGGCAAAGGACGCAUUCCAUCUUCUACAGGAAUUUCUCCUCAGAUGGAAGUAACAUGUGUCCCCACUUCCACCAGCACAGUGUCUUCAUCCAUAGGGAACACAAAUGGGGAGGAAGUGGGGCCUUCAGUCUACCUGGAAAGGCUAAAAAUCCUCAGGCAGCGCUGUGGUCUUGACAAUGCAAAGCAGGAAGACAGAGCACCUCUAACAUCGCUGCUUUCCAAACCAGCAGUCCCUACAGUUGCGUCCUCCACAGAUAUGCUCCACAGUAAGCUCUCGCAACUCCGUGAAUCACGGGAACAGUACCAACAUUUGGACCUGGACUCCAAUCAGACUCACUCCUCUGGCAUUGGAACCACCACAUCCUCCUCUUCCACAGCAGCCAAUAUUGAUGACUUGAAAAAAAGACUGGAGAGAAUAAAAAGCAGUCGCAAAUAAAGCUCCAUGAGGGACAUCAUGGCUGCAGCUUGAGCUGUCUUCAGCUUUAGUUUACUAAACUAGAAGUCUUCAUAGUUAAAGUGGCCUCAUUUAGGCCUAGUGUAUACAAACUGGUUUAUGUAUAAUACAGUGGAUUUUGGGGAGGAUCUGAGUCAUUGUGGCACAAGUAUUUGUACAUACUCUGCUUCUCAGUGAACAUCUCUUGACAAUAGAAGACUGUCUGUGUAUUAGUUUUAGUGUACAGACCUGUAAACAGCCAUCCUCCUGCUCAGACUAGUUUCUCAUAACUUGGGUUUUUAUUUGUAAAAUUGUCUUAAGAUCUUUUUCCUAGCUCUUAACUCCUAGAAGCUUUUUAGUGGUUUCACUUUUAAUUUUGUGAAUUCUUCUCCAUGUAAUCCUUGAACUGUUGAUUCUGUAUGGACGCAUGGCAUGAAGUAACUAAUUUAAGUGUCUUUUGUAAAUAAAGUUUGCAUUAACUAUACCAGUCUCUGUAGGAGCAGCAGCAACUGUUGGUGAGAAUAGAAGCCACUUGGUGUUGCUGGAUGCUAGUGCCUGGGCAUUUAUGAGCUGAAACCAGCUCUUGAUUUGAACCUUGGCAUUGGAAUGUAGCAUUGGGAAACUGGACUCCUGAGAAAAUAUGUCCUAUCUAGCCAUUGGAGGGAGCCCUGAGAUCUUGCAUUCCUUUUUAUCAGAAGUACUUUUGCUAUAUUAAUGCACUGCUUUUUGUUUACUCAGUGUUUUUUUGUAAAGAAGUUGAAAAAGAAUAGACCAACAAAUGUCUAGCAACCUAGUCGUUUGAAAUCUUUGGUCCCUGUGAAGCAGCUACCCAGAUCAAGCAGUCCCUUUGUGAAUAAGUCUGGUGAUGUGUCUGCCUUUUGCCUUUUCCAAAGGAAGGGGACUGGGUAACAUUUUCUGAGGCACAGAAAUGUUUAAGUAAGCAGUACCCUAGUUUCAGUGUAUGUAUUGGACUUCUUGCUCAGUGGUCUUCCUCAUAUAGCUCUCUUGAAAGCAGGUGGAUAUUGGCACACACAAUCAUUGAACUUACAAGCAUCUAACUUUGGCAGAUUCUAUCUUGGAUCUUUCUAAAUGAAGUGAUCAGAUAUUAUCUGGUAAUGUCAGUUUGUGAAAGUUGUGAUAAGAGAAUGUCCUUAGGCCACUCUGAAAAAUGCUUAAAUGUUCAAGACCUGGACUCAGCCUGCUGAUCACCUCUCUGGCGGGGAGGAUAGGGGGGUUGUCUUAUGUGCUGUUCAUGGAGUAUAAAUGUACGUCUGCUCCUGAGCAGUAAUCUCUGAGGUAUUCAAGAUCUUGUGACAUAAGAGACUUGCAUAGCAUCUUUUUAUUUUAGAGCCUAAACUCUUCCUUUUUUAAAAGUUCUGUUCUUACUAUCUCUUACCCAGACUAGCAGCUUCUGCCCCUAAUUCAGUCUUGGCU